AUGGAGGAAUAUGCUAGGCUAUGCAGCAAGAGGAGGGCGGGAGAGGAGAAGCUUGACGAGGGAGUUGUGGAUGUGGGAAGGGAAAGAGGAAGAGAGGUCAUCUCAGGUCCUCCCUCCUCCUCCUCCUCCUCCUCCUCCUCGUCUCAGCGUCAAGCUCCAGAGGUUCCCGCAGGAGGCGCCUGGUGGGACGCUGUUUGCCUCUUUGCACGCGGGCAGAGGCAGAAGGAGCUUUUCGAGUCUCUCGUCGAGUUCCGCAAGUUGAACGCCAUGAUACCGACCUUCAACAACUGCAUGUACCUCGUCGUCGACAUCGAGGACGGUGGCGCGGCCGGUCAGAAGUUCAGCGUCAACAAGUUCCUCAAGGAGUUGAAUGAGAGGAUGAUGAGGGAGGGAGGGAAACACUUAGAAGAGUGCAAGGUGUCUUUCAUCUACUCCAGCAUCGAAGAUCUGUGGAUGGAAAUGCAUCCCUGGGGCGAGAUGUUCGCUCCGUGCUCUCAUCCUGUGCUCCCACACGUUCAGACCAGCACCAUGGUCGACUUCAAGCUUUCUUCCAUGUUGAGCCUCGCGGCCCACGGCAAGGCGGGGAUCUACUUGGUGAGCGUCGGCAACGUCUAUCUGCUCGAUCCCUUCAGCAUCCCCUCGCGCUUGCAGCUCAGAGAUCACAAGAUGUUUGCGCUGGGCAGGCGUCAGGCAGCAGGGGCUGACGAGGCCCGAGGGGUCUUGAUCGCGAACGAUGAGGCAGAGCGACAGGAUGAGUCGAUCGUAAGAUGCAAUCGUUACAUGAGGAGAGGCGAGCAGGAGCAAGGGGACGCUGCUGCUGAGCAAGCUACUGCAGACGUAGGCGUCGUGCCCUCUGACCUCUACAUCGAGCAUGAGCUCUUCGUGCUUUUGGCGGAAACUCUAGAGCACAAACCAUACAAGAGCCUGGUCGAUGGCAUUCUCGCCAGCGCCUUCUCGUGCAACCUGAGCAUGGAGGAGGAGAACAAGGAGAACCUCGUCCACCUCGCCAUCAGCUCGAACCGCGAGCUCUACAUGCCGUGCGUCGUUGCCGGACCCUCUGAAACUGUGAGGUUGGGGAGGCGUCAAGCUGAGGCGGGAAAGACGAGCAGCGUGCUGGGAUCUUACGUGGACUCGAGCAGCAGCGUGGAAGGCUGCAGCAUCUUGAACUCCUCCCUUCACUCUGUCACGGCGCAACCAGCGAGCCGGAUCGAACUGUCGACGAUCAUCCGGGCAGAGGGGCAGGAGGGAUCGCAUACCAUAGGGAGGUCCUCGACCGUCAGUGGCGUCUUCUACAGUCAUCCUACGACCCCGCUGGUCCUUCCAGAAGACGUCCGGCUGCUGUCGUUCCCGAUCCUGAGUGAGGGAGGAGGAGUCAAGUUCCUCACAGCCUUCACCGGUGCUAGCGACGAUCUCGAGGAAGCACCUGUGCGCAGGUUCCUAAACCUGCCGGUAGAGGCGAUCUGCGAGAGACAGGGCUCACUCCGAGAGCUUCUCGCCCCUCCUCAUGACCUCCUCCAUGCUCCGCUCUUUCCCCUCCACGAGGACCCCACCACCUCCGUGCUGCUGGCACUGCACGCCAUCCAUCAGCUGCUGGGCAACGAGCAGGACGCUUCCUUGUACGCCAGGGCGAUCCCUCUUCCUCUGACGCCCCAGAAAGCCGACAGGACUUCCCUGCAUGCGGCUCUUCCUCUGUUCUCGUCGCAGCAGUGCUACGUAAAGUUCGCUCCUCUCCCGGGCCCGUGCCUUCAGUCCGUCACCUUCCACAACUUGCACUCCUGCUGGUCGUUCCCAGCAAGGGGGGUGAGGCCAGCACAGGUCCAGCUGCCUGCGCGGCUCAUCGUAGCGGGAGGAUGGACGGAUACGCCUCCUGUUUGCUUCAUGCACCCGGGCGGGAUCUUCAACCUCUCCUGCAGGCUUGACGGGCAAGACCCUCUGCAGGCGCGGGUGGAGGUGGUAGGAGGAGAGCGGCUGGAGCUCUGCUCGGAGGACCAGCAGGCGGAGGAGGGGUACGGCAGCUGGGAGGAGUUGUACGAGGGCAUGAGGGCAGGAGGGCAUGCGCUAUCGCCCUGGAGGACGAUGGGCCACGAGUCGUGCACCGCUGUGCAUGCUGCUGUCAUCUCCGUCCUCUUCGACUCGAACCUCUACGGCAGGAUCAGCUCGCAGGCCUCCUCCUCCUCUCCCUCUCCCUUCCCUCGCGGCAUUCGCCUCCUCACCAACUCUCUUCUCCCCAAGGGCAGCGGACUCGGCGGCUCCUCCAUCCUCGCGCUCGCCUGCGUCCGCGCGCUUGAGGAUGCGUGUGGGCUGGAGAUGAGCCUGCGGCAGGAGAUGGACGCAGUGCUCAUGGUGGAACAGCUGCUGGGCACGGGAGGAGGGUGGCAGGACCAGAUCGGCUGCGAGCCCGGAGCCAAGUUCACGACCCGGGAUCAGGGAGGAUACCACGUGAGCAGAGUGAGCAUGUCAGAGGAGCAUGCUGCCCUCCUCAACUCGCGCCUCCUCUGCCUUGGGACCAGCAUGACGAGAGUCGCCAAAACGGUGCUGGUUGGCGUCGUGGACAAGUUCUGCUCCGGCGACUUCAACAUCGUCAGCAUCCUCGGCAGGCAGCUCGAGCUCAAUGCCAGGAGCAUGAGGGAUAAGUUCCUCCGGUUCGCCGCCUGCUCCCUGAGGGAGGAGGAGGAGCUCGAAGCUUGCCUGCGCGACAUCGGGGAGGAACUUGAGCGCUACCGCGAGCACUGCGAGGGCUUACAGGGCAGCACGUUCAUGCCCGAGAGCCUCCGGCCGAUCUUCGCAGCCAUGGCAGGGUACACCUACGGGGCGAACCUGAUGGGGGCAGGGAACGGAGGCUUCAUCGUGGGUGUGGUCAAGGCGGGGAGGAACAAGGAGGAAGUUCUGCUCGCUUGCCAGCAGGUUGCAGUGACAUGUGGCGUUUCGUUGACUCUGGCGAAUGUGGAGGUGACAGUGUGA